UGUAUCCGAUUCUCAUCCGAUGCAGCAAGUCCAAGUCCGUCUGUCUCCGAACUUACGUACGUUAUGGACGUGAACAGAACGAACAUAUGGCCGCGGCUAACUGUUGUCGGACCUGUUGGGAUCGUAUUUCUGAACCCCUCCUCGCACAGAGAAGAACAAGCAUGGAAAGAUUCCAGCAAAUUUGUCAAGAGUACAGCAAAGACAGUACUUGGCUUGGCUCACAGUUCGUGACAUUCACCGGAUGAUUGAACAUUAUAUUGUCAUCAUACCAAGUAACAUCAUGGACCUGCUGCCUAUGGGACUUCCUCCGGGCCAGCCUCGGUGGACGACUCUGGGAGGGAGCCGAGGGGAGCCACUAUCCUGUAGGAGACGUGGUGGAGAGCCGGGGGUUUCCUUCUCAUCGUCAUCGCGGAUAUCCAGGUCGGUUGGUGUAGUGGCGUGCGGCUGCUUACUGUUUUCUGAUUCUGCUGCCGCUGGAGGAGGUGUCUGCUGCACCAGCGGGCCCCCUGCGGGCGAUCACGGCAUAGUGCAAUCAGGUACACUGUGGGAUGAAACUGGUGACCUGAAAGAAAGGAACAAGUUGCGACGGAGGGAGGCAAGGGAACGAGAAUAAUUGUAAGAGCAAGAAUGUAAGGGGGGUAUAACACGAGAAAAGAAACGCAAACCAGGUCCUGCUAGCUGCUCAUGUGUUUGCCGUGCAGUAGUGGAGUGCCGUUUAACCCGACGGCCUUACGAGCCUCAUAAUUUGAAAUCUGCAAUAAACCUACGCUUGCCUGAGCCUUAUUCCGAGAGGGCAUGCUGAUUGCGGCCUCUCUCCUUGUGUACCACAACAUCAAAAAAUGAAAUGGAAAUAAAUUGGAAAUACAAGCAUUUAAA